GUGAUUUUAAAAAAUAGUUGUUUUCUGAAAUUUGUUUAUUUUCUCCUCAUGUCUAUUUACACCGGUGAAUGAGAAAACUGUCGCACAUGCGCAGUAACUGUUACCAUUUAAGUCGGAGGAAAUUGUGACACACUGUCACACCAAUUUCUCACCAUGCCGUCUGGAAAUGUUGAUAAAAGGGAUGUUAAUGAACGGAUCGAAAGUUUUCUGUCGGAAUUAAAAGCGCAAGUCUUCUUUAGUUCUCACUAUCUUGCUCAUCAUGUACUUGAUCUGCUUGUACAAAUCAUCUCUGAAUAUGAAUGGAAUAAUGCCAAGGAGUUGAUGGAUGUGAUUCGUCGAGAAGGCAAGCGUAUGAUGUCUGUUCAGCCUUCAGAAUCAGUUAUUGGUAAUAUGGUACGAAGAGUAUUAAAAGUAAUCAGAGAAGAAUAUGCCAGUGCCGAAGGCAAGACAUUGGGUGAUGACCCACAAGAAGCUUUACAGAAACGUUUUGUCAGUGAAGGAGUGUCUGAUGACUACACACUACAAGUGCCUGACUUCCAAGCAAUCGUCAUUGAAGCCAUUUCUGAAAUAAAAUCUGAAUUGGAGACAUGUAUACCAAACAUAGAAUCACAAGCACUAGAGCAUAUUCAUGCCAAAGAAAUAAUCAUGACAUCAGGCUGGUCCAAAUCUGUUGAAGCAUUUCUUAAGAGUGCAGCUCGGAAACGAAAAUUCCAGGUCAUGGUAACUGAAGGAGCACCGUUUUUCCACGGUCAAAAAAUGGCCAAGAGUUUGGCUGCCAGCAACAUAGAAACUACAUUGAUCACCGAUUCUGCUGUAUUUGCUAUGAUGUCUCGGGUGAACAAAGUAAUUAUUGGAACUCAUACAGUAUUAGCAAAUGGAGGGCUGAAAGCAGUUCAAGGAAGUCACAGUAUUGCUCUAGCUGCCAAGUAUCAUUCUGUACCGCUGAUAGUAGUUGCUGCAAUGUUUAAACUAUCUCCUCAGUAUUUGUGUUCAUAUGAUCAGGAUGCUUUCAAUCGUUUCGUGAGUCCCAAUGAUGUUGUAAAAUUCUCUGAGAGUGCCAUUGUAUCUAAAGUACAGAUCUGCAAUCCUGUCUUUGACUAUGUUCCCCCAGAACUUGUUACUUUGUUUAUUUCUAACAUAGGUGGAAAUGCACCCUCCUAUGUAUACCGGUUACUGAGUGAACUAUACCACACAGAAGACAAUGAUUUAGAUAAAGUGUUUUAACUUUAUCCUCCCCCCAUCCUACAAACACAUCUACACAUGUCUUUUUUUUUUAUUUUUACAUCUGUUAAAUUAAAAUCAUUAAAUUUACAUUUCCUACAUUAAAAGAAAUAACAGCUUUGUUUUAUA